AACGUGCUCCACAAUCUCUUUUGCUUCCUCUAUAUAUCUCACCUUAAUUUCUUCUUCAAUCCUUUGAGGUAUCUACAAUGGCGGGUGAUGAUCAGGUGAUUCUGCUGGAUUUCUGGGCCAGCAUGUUUGGGAUGAGAGUCAGGAUCGCCUUAGCUGAGAAGGAGAUCAAGUAUGGGUACAGGAACAAGGACUUGAAGAACAAGAGCGAUCUGCUUCUCAAGAUGAACCCAGUUCAUAAGAAAAUUCCAGUUUUAAUCCACAACGGGAAACCGGUUUGUGAAUCUCUCAUCAUUGUUCAAUAUAUAGAUGAGGUUUGGAAGGAUAGGUCUCCAUUGAUGCCCUUUGAUCCUUACGAGAGAGCUCAAGCUAGAUUUUGGGCCGAUUUUAUCGAUAAGAAGGUGUAUACGCCCACAAGGAGAAUACGGACCACAAAAGGAGAAGAGCAGGAAGCAGCAAAGAAAGAGUUCUUUGAGAUCUUCGAGAUAUUAGAGGGAGAGCUGGGAGACAAGCCUUAUUUUCAGGGUGAAGCAUUUGGGUUUGUCGACAUUUCUCUCAUUACUUUCUCCUGCUGGUUCCAUACCUUGGAGACGUUUGGUAACUUUAGCAUGGAGGUGGAGUUCCCGAAGAUAAUUGCAUGGACAAAGAGGUGCAUGCAGAGGGAGAGUGUCGCCAAGAGUCUUCCUGAUCCGGAGAAGAUCUUGGAGUUUGCCAUGGAGCGUAGGAAGGAGCUUGGCUUGGAUUAGAGUAAUGUUUUGGCAAGAGUACUGUUGAAUUCGUGUUAGCGUGCAUACUUGCACAGUUUUGAUCAUGGUCGUCAUGUACUGUGUCGUCCACGCGUUGAGUUUGUUGUAUACUUAUAGUUUAGGUAAAUAAAUGUCAGUCGUGUGUUAGGCCAAGAGAAACGUGUAACGUAAAUUAUGAUCUUUUAAUAAAAACCAUCUUUUGUUUAGGU